CACACACACACACGCGCGCGCGCGCGCGCUGUGCCAGCGGCGGCAGCGGCAGGGCAGCCCGGCGCGGGAGCCAAUGCGGGGCGGGCGCUGUAGGCAGGCGGCCCCUCCGCCCCCGAGGUGGGCAGCGCCGCCCUGCCCCGGGGCCGCGGGCCGCUGACCCCAGCGCUGCGCUGAGCUGCGCUGCGGGCGCCGCCCCGCCUGGGCCGGGCCGGGCCGGCCGGGGGAUCGCUGCAGCCGCCGCCGCCGCCGCCUCCCGUCAACUUCGGCCGCGUCUCCCUCCUCUCCGGCCCGCGCCCGCCCGCCGGAGUCGGGGAGACCUGAGCCAUCCCCAAGGCACAGAGGACGACGCCUUUAUUCAGGGCUGGUGUGAGCAUCAAAAGGGUGGUGGUGCUACUGGAGUCCCUCAGCAGGGGUCAGUCAGAAAAUGACUGAGUAUAAGCUGGUGGUGGUUGGAGCAGGUGGCGUUGGGAAGAGCGCUUUGACAAUACAGCUCAUUCAGAACCAUUUUGUUGAUGAAUAUGACCCCACAAUAGAGGAUUCCUAUAGAAAACAGGUAGUCAUUGAUGGAGAAACCUGUUUAUUAGACAUCUUGGACACAGCAGGACAAGAGGAGUACAGCGCCAUGCGAGACCAGUACAUGAGGACGGGGGAGGGCUUCCUGUGCGUCUUCGCCAUUAACAAUACUAAGUCCUUUGAAGACAUUCACCAGUAUAGAGAGCAGAUCAAGAGAGUGAAGGACUCGGACGAUGUCCCCAUGGUGCUGGUGGGGAACAAAUGUGACCUGCCAGCCCGGACAGUGGAGACCCGGCAAGCACAGGAUUUGGCCAGGAGUUACGGGAUCCCCUACAUAGAGACAUCUGCUAAAACCAGACAGGGGGUUGAAGACGCCUUCUACACCUUAGUGCGGGAGAUCCGGCAGCACAAGCUGCGCAAGUUAAAUCCUCCGGAUGAAAGCGGCCCAGGCUGCAUGAACUGUAAAUGUGUGAUCUCGUGACCAAGCUGACCACGCCGUGACUUGGAGGGGUUUCCGCUGUGCAGAGUACGAGGAAAGAGGUGAACCGAAAGAAGAUACAAAUGGAUUCAGGGGAAGAGAUUGGGGGAAAGGGGAGAUGAGGAGGAGGACAACGACGAGGGUAGAUUGAACCCUGCUCCCCCCCACCCUCCCCAUGGACUAUUUCGAACUUCACCAAGGCCUACAAUAAACGACUGUGUUUUCCACCCCCACCUCCCCUCCUCCUUGUGCCUCCUCCCCUCCUGGCCGCUGUACAAAGCCACAGAUUGAAUCACAGUAAAUUAUUAUUUGAUGGUCUUGACAA